GUAUAGAGUGGUUCUGGUUUUGCCUGAUGUUCCCGCCAUGUCGGUCUUCGCCACAAGUUGUCGGGCCUCUAAGCAGUUUUCUGUUGAGCGUGGCGACGGAAGACUCGCACAGCUUCCUAAGUCAAUUCUCCCGUUUGGAUGCCCGGCCCUGAUGUGAUUCUUGCGAUGGGUGUUUGCUGGUGUCUUCAACUGGGCAUUUGGGUUACUGUAGUUACACCACAUCACUCAAAAUGAGGGGAAACCGGACUCACUCAAGACGACUCUUGCCUGAUUCGCUUUUUCAGGCUCGGGGCUGAUGGUUCCAUCACUGGCAAGGCGCGAGUGGCCACCCUGAGACCUUUGAAGAUGAGUGGCCACCCUGUGGGCAUCUAAAUCAAAAGAAAGAACAAACAAGAACUGGAUCAAAAGAAAACAUAACAGGAUCAAAACACCAUAAGAACAGAAUCAAACAAAGUCAUCCUGAGUAGGUCCCCUAGUCCAUUGCUCCCUUGGUCCUUUGGUUCCCUCUUGCAUAGGUUCCCUCUGGUCCUUUGGUCCCCUCUGGUCCUUUGGUCCUUUGGUCCCCUCCUUUGGUUCCCUAGUCACUAGUCCUUUGGUUGCCUGGUCCCUUUUCUGGUCACGGUCCUUGUCCUGGUCCCCUGAUGCAUGGGUCAAAAAGCACGGCCUCUGGCGAACACCAAAUGCUACCCGGUUGCCUUGGUCCUUGCGUCACUUUCUGAGUUCCCUUCAGUGAUGAAGCUAUGGGACGUGUCGUUUUCGAGUCAGCUGCUUUUUGAGGUCAACUCGGCCAUUGGCGAAUCCUAUCCGCUGGGCAUGCACCUUCAUGGUUGGGCAGCAGCAUUUGCCACUUCCGCCGGUACAAUGUGACAGACACUGGAACCGGAGCGUCAACGGUGGACGGCAUUUAUGCUUUGACGGGUUGCAGCAACCCUUUGAAGAUUGGAGACCGCGGCUGUGACCAUGGUGGUCGUGCUCCCACGGUCACUUACAGUCAUGUGGCAUUGGAAUCGUGGAUGUCGACGUUUCAGAACGUCUGAGAUUGGAUUCAACAGGAAUAUCCCGCCACUGCUCCCCAUAAUCUGGGCAGCAUGGGCUAUGAUGGACGAGCUUCUUUAUACAUCAGCCGAAUUCGUGAUGCCGCUUGGGAGCGUGAGGGUUUGAAUUUGGAGUUCUAUCGUGGCUACAAUGUGACCUGGCAUGACCCUGCCAAGUAUUUGGAUGCACUAAAUUCGUUAAACAUGUUUUCCAGUGACAUGAGAUUGUCAGUGGAGCCGACGGGUGACUGGAAUGGAGUUCAUGUGGUGAACGAGACGGUUUUGGGAAGGUGCUUUGACAGAUACUUCUGGUGUCUUGGACUGAGUGAGUUGCAACAAGGUCUCUGCAGGGCGAGAUCCGGGUGUGAGGCUAGGGUUGGUUAGGGUUUUUGGCGUGUGCGGGCCUGUACAGAUUUUGUGAGAUUUUCCUGAGUUUGGGUGAUGUUAAAAUACUGUCAACUGUGAUGUGAGGUACCCUCCCAUAUGCCGUCACGACCCUUCCACAUGCUGCAUCUACAUCACUGGUGGAAAUGGCUGGACACUGCGAUGCAAAAAGCCACAACGUGGAACAUGACAGCGACCGCGGUCGAAGAAACGCCUGGUUCACUCGAUUGCCACUUCACGAUGCUGUGACCAAGUGCUACCACCUUUGCAUGUUGAAUGCGUCUCAUUUUGGCGUUUGCCAUAGAUAUUUAGCUUCACAAACAACCCGGAUUCAGCUGGAGGAAAAUAUAGACUAUAGCAGCUGCCUUUGCCAGGAUUGCAAUGCCAUAUGUUGCCAUACUUUUUGAGUUGCUUCGGGUGCCAAGGGCGACAUAGGUUCCGGGGAUCACGCUGUUGUUUUGCUCCUAUGGAAACAACAACUUCAAC